AUGUACCUAAUCACUGUGUUUGGAAAUCUGGCUAUCAUCCUAGCCACCAUUUCUGACUCCCACCUCCACACACCUAUGUACUUCUUCCUCUCCAACCUGUCCUUUGUAGACAUCUGUGUUACCUCUACCACCAUCCCAAAGAUGCUGUGGAACAUCCAGAACCAGGGCAAGCUGAUAAGCUAUGAAAGCUGCAUUACUCAGAUGUACUUUGUCAUACUCUUUGUAGGGUUGGAUGACUUUCUCCUAACAAUGAUGGCCUAUGACCGCUUUGUGGCCAUUUGUCACCCCCUGCACUACACAGUCAUUAUGAAUCCAUGGCUUUGUGGCAUUAUGCUCCUGGUCUCCUGGCUUUCAAUUGUCUCCUUAUUCUAUUGUACAUGCUUAGGAGUGUACCUAAGCUCUGCUGUUACCCACAGCUCACACUCAAGUGCAACAGCCUCAUUGAUGUACACAGUGGUCACACCCAUGCUGAACCCCUUCAUAUACAGUCUGAGAAAUAAAGACAUAAAGAGGGCUAUGAAAAGAUAUGUGGGGAUGACAGCUACACAGGGUGCAACUGUCCUGGAGUUGAACAAGGCCAUAUGA